AUGCAGCGACGUACUGGUGAUCGUCUUGCCCACGCCGACCGCCCAGGCGAUCCCAUGAACCUCACCAACCAGCGGCCCGGCUCGGCCCUUCGCGCGGCGGAGAAGCGCAAGAGGGACCUGUAUGCCGUCGCCUGUGCGCGGGGAGGGCACACGUUUUUGCCUUUGGCCUUCGAGUCGUAUGGACGCUGGUCUUCGACUAUGGAGACCUUUUUGCACAAGCUAGGCAAGGCAGUGAAGGAAGCUCACUAUAGGGACGACAGGGAUUUCUCGACGGGCCGUGUCGUGGCCCGAUGGUGGGCCCUCUUGUCGUGUGCAGUCAGGCGUGAGUGUGCUCUGACUGUGCGCGGCAAGAGUGAGGCCGCCGCGCCAUUCAUCCGCCCCUUCCCCAGAGACGAGGUCUGGGGGAGGGGCCCCUACUCACCCCACUAG